CUUGUACAAAACAUUGCCUGUGCUUAUGCCACUCUCAGUCCUUUUACGGCGGUGUUGUUCCUGGGGCUUGGGCCCGCCGUCUGGUGUCGCUCGCUGAGUUUUGGUGACAGGGCCUGGAAAGGCGACCCCCAAGGCCCUAGCCCCGAUCCCCGUGUAACUUCCAUCCUUACCAACCUUGUGCCCGCGCACACGCGUGUAGACCUCCUGAUGGGAGCACCGAGCACAGACGGAAGUGGGCAUCGGGACGGUUCGAGACGAGAAACGCGCGACUCCUCCCUUCCUGACCGUCCUCGAGGGAGGCGUACGGGAGGAAAGGAAGAGGGCCGAGAACAGGGAGGAAAGGGGCCUCGCGGGGCAGCAGGCCGAGGAGGACACGCAGGGGUCACGGAAAGGGCUGCGGAAGGCGAGAGUGGACGGAAAGAUAGGACCAGCGGACGGAGUGGGAAAAAACGACGAGACAACGACCGCGUUGCCAAGGCAGAGUCGCACGGGGAAGAAAAAGAGCGGUCGAGCAGAACUGGGGGGCGCCGAGGUGGGCAUAGGGAGCGUCAGAAGGCGGUGGCAGAGAGAGGGGAGGAGGGGAAGAAAUGGAAGCAGGGGGAGGGUAUGAGGAAAAAGAGGCGGGGUGGCGAGAAGGAAAAGCGGGGAGGGAAACGAGGAGAGGAAGGGCCGCGGCGGGUGAAGCUAGUGCUCCGACGAUUGCCAGGGGGCCUCACCGACGAGGAGCUGCGAGAGCUUCUAGAAGAGAUUGUGGUCAAGGCGGGCCUUCUCCCCUCCGCACAGGCGGCGGCCCCUCCCGACCCGGAGGCCUCAGUUAAGGUGACUGCAACCACAGGGAUCUCCUUGCCGGGGGAGGAGGCAGGGUCGGAGGUAGAAAAGGAGCAGACCGGGCCAUCUGAGCCGGGAGGAGUGUCGGUAGGGAAGGAGGGAGGAAGGGAGGGAGGG